CCAACACUUUGCAUUGACCCACUUCUUCUUUUGGAGAGAGAGAGAGAGAGAGAGAGGAGAGAGUGGAAAUCAUCAAAUGUUGUGGGUUGUAGUCCAAAGAACCAUGAUGAUCAUUGAAGAAGAAAGAUAACAACAACCAAAACAAGAUGGCUAGCACAAGUGAGGAGGGGAAACCAAGAGACAUGACAUAUUGCUUCCCCUCCGCCGGAAACCACCUCCAACCCUUUCAGCCGAUGCCGGAGAUCUACAACCUAGCCUCCGGCGUCGACAUGAUAGGGUUUCCACCCAAGAAUUUGCACAACCACUCCACCUCCAGCUUCGGCUUCGCAGCGAUUUCCGGUGCAUCAAACGAGGCCUUGAUGGCCUCAUCCUAUCAGCACAACAACAGAUCACUGAUCGUCGACGGCGACGAUCCAUCUCUGAGAUGUGUCUUCACCUGCGAAGGGAACGAGAGGCCGAGCCAAGGCCUUUCCCUCUCCCUCACCUCCUCCGACCCUUCCACCAUCGCGCUGCAGCCGUUCGAGCUCCGCCACCACGACGAUCUGAGAUUCGGGCCGUCGAGCUCGAGAUCGGUGAAUUUCGAGCAUCCGCCACCGCCGGGAUACUCCCAUGGACGAGGUAACCAAUUAUAA